AACCGCGGACGCCAUUUUAACCAGUGGAUGACAGAAGAAGACUCCAAGAUCAACGACACACGUUUAUCUACAUCAGGCGUUCUGAAAAGGUUACAGACAUUUUCUGUGCAGACAUUUAACAAAAGGAAAGCCCCUGACGUCCAGAAAUGGCAACGGGAGCCAACGCAACCCCGCUGGGGAAGCUGCACCCGAGUAUUGGCGCUAAGCGAGGCUUCGACUCCGGGCCCGGCACGGGUCUGAUGGCUCCGCCCGUGCCUGCGAUGUCUUUCCCGCUGCAGACCUUCCAGCAACCGCAGUUAUUAAACCAAGGCUUCCCCCAGUUCCCUGGAGCCGUGAGUUCUGCGCUCUCAAACCCGGUUGGAAUAGGGAUGCAGGCACAGACGGGUAGUGGAGAUUUCGGCCAGAAGAAGCGGAAAAGGAGCCGAUGGAGCAGCGAAACCCCCGAUCAGAAGACCGUUAUCCCGGGCAUGCCCACUGUGAUCCCUCCCGGGCUGACCCGCGACCAGGAGCGAGCUUACAUAGUCCAACUGCAGAUUGAAGACCAGACACGUAAACUGCGUACAGGAGACCUGGGAAUCCCUGUUAACCCUGAGGACAGGUCUCCAUCUCCGGAGCCCAUCUACAACAGCGAGGGGAAGAGGCUUAACACACGUGAAUACCGCACACGCAAGAAAAUAGAGGAAGAGAGACAUUCUCUAAUUACUGAGAUGGUGGGACUCAACCCUGAAUUCAAACCCCCUGCUGACUACAAACCCCCAGCUACUCGGGUCAGUGAUAAAGUGAUGAUUCCUCAGGAUGAAUAUCCGGAGAUUAAUUUUGUUGGACUGCUUAUCGGGCCUCGUGGCAACACUCUGAAGAACAUUGAGAAGGAAUGCUGUGCGAAGAUUAUGAUCCGUGGCAAAGGCUCAGUGAAGGAAGGGAAGGUGGGUCGUAAGGAUGGACAGAUGCUGCCUGGUGAGGAUGAACCUCUUCAUGCCCUGGUCACUGCUAACACAAUGGAGAAUGUCAAGAAGGCUGUAGAGCAGAUACGUAACAUCCUCAAGCAGGGGAUUGAGACACCCGAGGAUCAGAAUGACCUAAGAAAAAUGCAGCUGAGGGAGCUGGCACGGCUCAAUGGCACUCUAAGAGAGGAUGACAACAGGAUCUUGCGUCCAUGGCAGAGCACAGAGCCUCGCAGCAUCACAAACACAACUGUGUGCACAAAGUGCGGUGGAGCUGGUCACAUUUCUUCAGACUGCAAAUUCACCAGUUCUUUUGCUCCUCGGGCAGGAGAGCCACCCCAGUCUGCCCAGGAUAAGGCCCGAAUGGAUAAAGAGUACCUGUCCCUCAUGGCUGAGCUUGGAGAGGCUCCAGUCCCUUCCUCUGGUGGGGGCCACAGCAACCCUUCCCACAGUGGACCACGUCCAGCAGGACCAACCAACAACCAGCCACCACCAAAUCGUCCACCUUGGAUGAAUUCAGGCCCUGCUGAUAACAGGAAUUACCAUGGCAUGCAUGGGGGUCCUAGUGGCCCUCAUAACUUUCCUCCACCAAUGCCGAACAUGGGUGGCCCUCCCAUGCCUCCAAACCCCAACGGAAUGCCUCCCCCCUGGAUGCAGCCUCCCCCUCCUCCAAUGGGCCAAGGCCCAGCUCCACCUGGACACCCUAUUGGUUUAUUGCCCCCACCCAUGGGGAUGAUGCCCCCACCUCCACCUCCCCCCAACAACCAGCCACCACCUCCACCCUCAGGACCUCUGCCACCAUGGCAACAGCAGGCUCCUCCCCCACCACCUACCAGCAGCAUGGCAACCAGUGCUCCUCUACCAUGGCAACAGAAUACAACCACAUCAUCUACCCCUGGUACUGGAAACCUGCCUCCCUGGCAGCAGCCUCAACCGACGGCCACCUCUGCCACUCAGCCCCCUCCACCCAUGGGCGGCUCUAUGGUUCCCCCUCCACCUGGGGUCCAGCCCCCACUUCCGCCUGGUGCACCUCCCCCUCCACCACCCCCUCCACCUGGCUCAGCAGGCAUGAUGUAUGCACCCCCUCCCCCACCCCCACCCAUGGACCCUAACUUUGUAACCAUGAUGGGGAUUCCUGGAAUGCCGCCUUACGGGAUGCCCCCAGCACCUCCACCUCCUCCACCCCAGAGUUAAAGCCUCUGUGUAGUCUUUAUGGCCCUGUGACCGUGCGGUGAUGCCUAAAAUAUAUAUACAGAUACACCACAGGACUAUACCUAGUUCUGUUCAUUUAACAGCUUGAUGUGUUUAGUUGCUAAAGGUUUUUUUUUAAUAUUUUUUUUAUAUAUAUUAGCUUCGGUUAACAUUUUUUGUUUUUGUUUUUUGUUCUUUCUGUUUGGACAAAGAAAUCGAACCAGAGACUGAGAGAGAUGUUGUUGGACUUUGUAAAUUUCUUAAAUUGUUAAUGAUUUUAAACUAGUUAUCGAUUGAUUGGUAGAAUAUUUGUUCAUGCUGUUAAUGUUGAUGUGCUGGAAAUGUGUAUUGAUUUUUUUUGUUUGUUUAUUUUUCCUGCCAGCCUACUUUUUCAUGUUUUCUUUACUGUACCUCUCCAGUGGAAAAAAAGGAAAAUACAGUGAUUCAAUUAACAAUGUUACAAUAAUAACAUUAUUUUUGUUUUAUUCACAGUACCCCCCCACACACCCCGUUUUAAUUUGACCGGUUAUUUACAAUUAUUGCCUUCAUCAAAUAUAUUUCAAUAUUUUUGUAAUUAAACAAGAGUAAAUAAAAGUUGGCAUGGCGUCAGGUCGAGUUGAAGCUCUCAUUUUAGUGUUG